CCUGCUAGAAGAUGCAGAAGAGCUCGUACUACGACGGCUCCGCGCUCUUCGGGCCGUUCUACGGCGCCGCCAACGGCUUCGGCUACGAGGGCGCCCAGCCGCCCUUCCAGCCAGCCCCGCACUCCCAGGGCGACUUCCAGAGAUCCUCCUGCUCCCUGCAGCCCCCGGCCAAAAAUAAGGAGCUGAACGGCCGGCCGGCGUCGCCCGGCGACGGGAAAAGCGCCGGCGGGAAAGGGAACCUCGGCAUCUCCAAGCAGAUCUUCCCCUGGAUGAAGGAGUCCAGGCAGAACUCCAAGCAGAAGAACGGCUCGCCCGCCGCAGAGAGCUGCAGCGAGAAGAGUCCCCCGGGCUCCUCGGCCUCCAAGAGGGCGCGCACGGCCUACACCAGCGCGCAGCUGGUGGAGCUGGAGAAGGAAUUCCACUUCAACCGCUACCUGUGCCGGCCGCGCCGCGUGGAGAUGGCCAACCUGCUCAACCUCAGCGAGCGCCAGAUCAAGAUCUGGUUCCAGAACAGGAGGAUGAAAUACAAAAAGGAUCAGAAAUCCAAAGGCGCCGGCUCCUCCUCCGGCGGCCCCUCGCCGGCCGGCAGCCCCCCGCAGCCCCAGGGGGGGUUCCUGGGGUCCCUGCACCCCCUGGGCGCCGCCUACGAGGCGCCGUCGCCGCCGUCCUUCGGCAAAGCGCCCCAGGGCGCCUACGGAGUCGCCGGGGGCUACCAGGCGCCCCUCAAAGGUUGCCCGGGCCAGCAGAAGUUCGGCGGGGCCGAGUACGAGCCGCACGUCCUGCCGGGCGACGGGCUGGGCUACGGCGGCCAGGGCAGCCCCGGCUACGGCGGCGCCAACUUUGGGGAUUCUCUGGGCGCCCCCGGCCCGGCUCUCUACGGCCUCAACCACUUGGACUACGGCGGGGGCCAGCAGCACGGGGCCUGCGAGAGCCACGGCGCCUACGCCGAGCUGCCCCCGGGCCACGGCAGGAUCCAGGAGGCGCCCAAGCUCACCCAUCUGUGAGAGACCAAACACCAUGAAAAUGACGGAAAAUGGGAAUUUGGGUUUCUGGGAUGUUGAUUUUUGUGGUGCUCAGGGGGUCUGAGGCAUCUCAUCCACCUGUGAGAGACCAAACACCAUGAAAAUGAUGGAAAAUGGGAAUUUGGGUUUCUGGGGGAUCAGGGUUUGUGGUGCUCAGGGGGUUUGGGGCGUGUCUGACCCACCUGUGAGAGACCAAACACCAUGAAAACGGCGGAAAAUGGGAAUUUGGGUUUCUGGGAUGUUCAUUUUUGUGGUGCUCAGGGGGUCUGAGGCAUCUCAUCCACCUGUGAGAGACACAACACAACCAUGAGAACGGCGGAAAAUGGGAAUUUGGGUUUCUGGGAUGUUGAUUUUUGUGGCUCUCAGGGGGUUUGGGGCAUCUCAUCCACCUGUGAGAGACACAACACCACGAGAACGGCAG